AUGAAGUUGAUUGCUUACGGGUUCAUACUACAUCCCGGAUCAUAUUUACGUAAUGGAUGGAAUAUUCUUGAUUUUACCAUUGUUGUCAUAGGCAUGAUAUCUACAGCUUUAUCCAAUCUAAUGAAAGAAGGAUUUGAUGUAAAAGCACUUCGUGCGUUUCGAGUUCUUCGACCAUUGCGCUUAGUGUCCGGAGUCCCCAGUUUGCAAGUUGUUCUGAAUUCGAUCUUACGUGCCAUGGUGCCUUUGCUACACAUAGCCCUAUUGGUGUUAUUUGUGAUAAUCAUCUACGCUAUUAUUGGACUCGAAUUAUUCUCGGGAAAAUUACACAAGUCUUGUGAAAUUAUGGAUGACCCUCAUCCAUGUGGGGAAGAUGGUUUUCAUUGUGAUACCAUAUCUCCGGAAAUGGUAUGCAGAUACUACUGGGAAGGUCCUAAUUUCGGCAUCACCAAUUUUGACAACUUUGGCCUAUCGAUGUUAACAGUCUUUCAGUGCGUUACACUGGAGGGAUGGACCGAUAUGCUUUACUAUAUUGAGGAUGCUAUGGGUAGCAGUUGGCAAUGGGUGUAUUUUAUUUCGAUGGUUAUUCUUGGGGCUUUUUUCGUAAUGAAUCUAAUUCUUGGUGUGUUGAGCGGUGAAUUUUCCAAAGAGCGCACAAAAGCAAAAAAUCGUGGAGAUUUCCAGAAACUUCGUGAGAAGCAACAGAUAGAGGAAGAUCUUCGUGGUUAUCUAGAUUGGAUUACGCAAGCCGAAGAUAUUGAUCCAGAUAAUGAUGCAAGUGGAAUGCAAGAAGGAAAGAUGAAAAAUACGAUUGAGUUGGAUUCGUCCGAUAAUAUUGGUGAUGAUGGUGAAGUACAGCAUGAAUCAUGGUUUGCUAGAAGGCGUAAAUCAAUCGAUCGUGUAAAUCGACGUUUGCGAAGGGCUUGUCGCAAGGCUGUUAAAUCACAAGCUUUUUAUUGGCUCAUUAUUAUAUUGGUUUUUCUAAACACUGGUGUACUAGCUACUGAACAUUACCGACAGCCACCUUGGUUGGAUGAUUUUCAAGAGUAUACGAACAUGUUUUUCGUGGCUUUAUUUACGAUGGAAAUGCUUUUAAAAAUGUACAGUUUAGGCUUUCAAGGCUAUUUUGUAUCCCUUUUCAACCGGUUUGACUGUUUUGUUGUGAUUGGAAGCAUAGGUGAAAUGAUACUAACCAGCACCCAAAUUAUGCCUCCCUUGGGAGUGUCCGUCCUGCGAUGUGUCCGAUUACUGCGUGUGUUCAAAGUAACUAAGUAUUGGCAAUCGCUCUCGAAUUUAGUGGCUUCCCUAUUAAACUCCAUUCAAUCGAUUGCAUCACUUUUGUUGCUGCUAUUCUUGUUUAUUGUUAUUUUCGCGUUACUUGGUAUGCAAGUUUUUGGAGGAAAGUUCAAUUUUAAUAGCUCAGUCGAUAAGCCCCGAUCGAACUUUGAUAGUUUCGUUCAGAGUUUGUUAACAGUAUUUCAGAUUCUAACGGGUGAAGAUUGGAACACUGUUAUGUAUGAUGGAAUACAAGCGUAUGGAGGAGUGGCUUCGAUGGGGAUUAUUGCAAGCAUUUACUUUAUAAUUUUAUUCAUUUGUGGAAACUAUAUUUUACUGAAUGUUUUCUUAGCCAUUGCUGUUGAUAACUUGGCGGACGCAGAUUCGUUGACUACUGUUGAAAAGGAUGAAGGUGAAAACGCUGAUGGGGAGGAGGAAAAAAUAUCUCAUGAGCCAACACCAACAGAACAUGGAGACGAUGGGUUUAUGGAACACGAAAAAGACAAUUUAGAUUCCGACAAUGAUCCUAUGAAUAU